AUGGAUACAUUCUCAAAAUUGUCAUCAGAAGAUCAAGCUACAGAUCAUCAUGUUAGCAAAGUACAUUCAGAUUUAGAACAAGUCGGAGUACAAGCAGAUGGAUUUGUGGAAGGAAUUAAACACACCAUAGAGUAUAGACCCUGUCGUCAACAUUUUUCAGAUCAUCAAUCACAAAGAAAACAAAAUCUAUGUGUAGCAGAAAAUCGUGUUGAAUCAAGAAGAAUAUUAAAAUUUAAUGAGAUCUCAGUCGCAGUUUCAAGCGAUUCAAUUUCAAAUACAAUCUUGUAUAAAUUGGAUGGUCAAUGGUCAAAUCAAAGCAAUCAAUUUGGAAGAUUCUGUUAUGAAGCUGUAAGAGAUAGAUGGAAAAGAGCAGAUGAUCAAUUAAUUGAACGAUAUACAACUCAAAUUACUAAUGAUCAAGAUCCUCAGAUAGACUUAGAUGUACAAAAUGAAAUUUAUGGUCAUAUCUUAUUGAACCACGUUAUGGUUGUGAUCAAGAACUCUUUACUUCAAUUCAUACACACUUUUGGAAUGUAUUGUGGAACAUGUGGUUAUUGUCGACAUUACAUCAUUGCUAUGAUUUUAAUCAUAUCUUUGCACCUGGCUAUCCUGCUUUAG